GCUCCUCCUCCUCCGUCGUCGCCGCAGCCGCCGCCUCCUGCGCCUCCUCGGAUCGCGGCGGUGGCGGGCAGGCUCCGGCCGCGGCCCCGCAGCUUCUCGCCGAGGCGGCGCGGCCUCUGCUCCCUCCUUCCUUGCCUCGGUCGCUGCCCGGCCCCGGCGCGAUGUCGGGCGGCGCGGCGAGCGCCCCUAAGCCCCUCCCGUCCUCCGGGCCCAAGUCGCUGCGGGAGAUGCCGCAUCCCCUGGCCACGUCCAGCAGCGAGGAGAUGGGGCCGGCGCUCACCCCCAGCCCCGACCUGCUCCUGCCCCGCAGCAUCGCCGACAAGGAUCUCAGCCUGCCCAAUGGCACACCCGUAGACACUUCUAGCCCGGCCUCCUCCUCAUCUCUCCUCAACAGACUACAGCUGGAUGAUGACUUGGAUGUGGAAACUAGAGACCUCUUUGUUACUGUUGAUGAUCCCAAAAAACAUGUGUGCACAAUGGAGACAUAUAUUACAUACAGGGUUACAACAAAGACCACACGAGCAGAGUUUGAUUUGCCAGAGUAUUCUGUCCGUCGGCGGUACCAAGACUUCGACUGGUUGAGAAACAAGCUCGAAGAGUCUCAGCCAACACAUCUUAUUCCUCCUCUUCCUGAAAAAUUUGUGGUGAAGGGUGUUGUUGAUCGCUUUUCGGAAGAGUUUGUGGAGACAAGGAGGAAAGCAUUAGACAAGUUCUUGAAGAGAAUAACUGAUCACCCAGUGUUGUCUUUUAAUGAGCACUUCAACGUCUUUCUCACAGCUAAGGAUCUUAAUGCCUACAAAAAGCAAGGAAUGGCUUUGCUGUCAAAGAUGGGGGAGUCUGUCAAAUACGUUACAGGAGGCUACAAAUUAAGAAGUCGGCCCCUGGAGUUUGCAGCCAUUGGGGAUUAUCUGGACACAUUCUCUCUAAAGCUUGGUACCAUUGAUAGAAUAGCACAACGGAUCAUCAAGGAACAGUUGGAAUACUUGGUGGAACUACGAGAAUAUGGACCUGUUUAUUCAACCUGGGGAGGGCUGGAGGUUGAGCUAUCAGAACCACUGGAAGGAGUGUCUGCCUGUAUUGGGAAUUGCUGCACAGCUCUUGAAGAACUCAGUGAGGACAUGACAGAAGACUUCCUGCCUGUGCUUAGGGAAUAUAUAUUGUAUGCUGAGUCCAUGAAGAAUGUUUUGAAGAAAAGGGACCAAGUUCAAGCGGAGUAUGAAGCAAAACUGGAAGCAGUAGCCUUGAAAAGAGAAGACCGUCCAAAGGUACCCGCAGAUGUUGAGAAAUGUCAAGACCGAGUAGAAUGUUUCAAUGCUGACCUGAAAGCAGAUAUGGAGAGAUGGCAGAACAACAAAAGACAAGACUUUAGGCAGCUACUCAUGGGGAUGGCAGAUAAAAACAUCCAGUACUACGAGAAGUGCCUUACGGCGUGGGAGUCAAUUAUACCACUAUUGCAAGACAAGCCAGAGACCAAAUAAGAAGUACCUUCAUGGACAGUCUAGCACUUCUGUGCUCAGUACCACUAGUCAUACUGGAACUGUAUGGAGGACUCUUUUUGUUAAGUUAACUGAAAUGACAGCUGCACUUAGUUUUUCAGAGUAUCUGUUCCAGCCUAUUUGAAUUUUUUUCCCUCAAUUUUUGUGUUUAAACUGGGGUAUGUUUCAUCUUUUUCAGUUAUCUUGAAUGGUUCCUUCUUUAUUCUAUGGAGUGAUUGGGGUUCACAGAGAAAGUGCAUGGGGAUCUUGAUAAAAUUUACCUCUCUAGUCUGGAAGGAACUGAUGAGUGGAACACUAAAAAGAUGAAAAUAAAACUCUACUGCAAGGUGCCAAAUGACAUCUUUAUUACCAUUCUGUUUUGUUUGCUUGAAAAAAAAAUUAUUCCUAUGAUACAGUACUCCCUAACCAAUCUUUAGCCUUUUUUUUUUUUCUUUGAAUGGACAAAGAAAAGCUGGGAAAGAGCAUUUUCUGUUUUGCUACCACCUGUGUGCUCCCUCUGGAUGAAAUGGUCUCUAAAUGGUCUCUGUAGACUUUUCUGUCCAGGAGUCAGGCUGGUUCUAGACAGACCACACCAACACCAGCUGCAGAUGGCUGGUGAUGGAAGCAUGAACUGUGGUUUUUGUGAGUGUGGCAUGCUGUUGGUUCAUUCUGAGUAUCUUUGUUUACCUUGGUGAUUAUGAAGUAAUGUCAGUUGACUGAAGUGUACUUGUGACUGACUUGGGGAUCAAAACCAGCCUAGCUGUGGGAAUGAGUUGAACUGCUGCCUUUCAGGGGUUGUGGGCGUGGCGGAGUAAGUAUGGGUCUUUAAUUUUCCAAAGCUAGCUCUGGAAGUUGCAUGGUGGAGAUCUCUUACACCAUGCUUUAUAUAUGGGUUUUGCUAGAGCCACUUAAGGCUUGGUCACCUAAGAUGCCUGCUGUAGUAAAAGUAGAACUCUUUUCUCUCUCCACGCUUUCUUUGCAGCAGCCAAAAGCCAAAAGGUGUCAAAUGCUUCCUUCCACCAAGCAUCAGAGUGUGUGAAACUUGCCUUAAAUGGGUUGGUGGGGGACGGAUGGGUACCCUAUUAGGUUCAUACCCGUCUCUGCUGAACCACAUGGCAAGUUUUUUAGGGCUACUUUUGUUACAGAUCUAUUUUCGUAGUAGUUUCUGUUGGCCUUUAGAAUUGCAGCUGCUUCUGCAAGUCCCUUUUCUGUCCUUGCUCUUGCAAGUAAAUGCCUGCUUGGUCUUAAUGGCCUAGGCCUUAGGAAUGCUGCCUUGAUUUAACCAUCCUAGUGAGGGGGGUUGGGACUCAUAUGAGUGUAAUACUGGGAUUUAGGGCAAUAAAUAACUCUGUGCUUACUGCUAAAUUGGAGUGAUUACUUGUUCUCUGGCAACGUUCUUGCAAAGAAUGUGAGCAGUGAUUGAUUUUGUGCAACUUCUCUGUUCUCCUGUAACAAGGUACCCAGGUACUCGUCUGAUUUGGAAUUUAUUCCUUCAUAAACACCAACUGAGCAGGCAGCCACCCUUCUCAGCCUGGUGGCUUGAUGGAACUCUCAAGAUGAGUUAUUGUAGCACUGUGGUAGCUGUCAGGCUAAUGAGAUGGUGCUCUCUGCAUGAAAAAGUAAAAUGUACGACAUUUUAAGAAAUUUUGCUUUUUGGCUCAGCCUUCAUUGACAACUCUGUGGUACUAAACAAACUAUGUUUCUUGUUUUAAGAUCAGUUUGUCAAUAUGCACUUUUUGGUGUAAAUGAGAACUCUGGUUUAAGUUACUGUUAGGUUCAGAAUCACAGACUCCUCUUGUUCAGGGGAAGCACUUAAGGGGAUCAUCUUGAAGCAAUCUAGAAUAAGCACUUGCAUACUAUCCAACAGUCUGUCCUUCAGGGUUACAGUCUUCUCCAUUCUCCACGAAGAAAGAUCAACAUGCUUUUUGAAUUAGUUCAAAAAGAAUGUUGAAUAAAUGGAAUUUUGUAAUUGACUCUACAACAUCACUGAGACUCAAGCAAAAUAUAUCUUGAACUAAUAUUUAGUCAGUCUUCCCACCAUCUUAGUAAAAUAAACAGCACAAGAUGAGUAGAAAGAAUGGUGAUUUCUUUCCUACAGGUGGUUUCAUCUGGUGCCUUACAACACUAAGGGAGUCUUCCUGCUUUGCUUUAUGUCAAACUGAAAUGGGUGUUGGUUUUGGAGAGUUCAGCAAUUAACGUCGCAGCUGUUCAGGAGACGACGUGGACAGUGGAGAGUACCAAGUGAAGCUCAAAUGAGCAUGUAACUUGAGGCUGGAGCUGCUGAAGAUCUAGCUACCUUACGUGAUCUGGACCGAAACCUCUUAAGCUCUUACAAGGGCAGUAAAACUUGGCAUUCAAAGGAAGAAUCCUCUGCAAGAACUGCUGCAGUGUAAUAAGGGUGUGCAUAGGUGGGUCUCAGUUCCUACAGACUGUGGAUUGGUCUAUUCUUAUGAAGAGUUGUUGUAAAGCACAAGGUGACUGAGGGAGAGGCUGUGGGUGAGGUGUGGGGAGGAUCCUGAUUGUGAUGUUUGGGGCAGCAAUGCCAGUCAGGAAAGGUACAAAAGUUGCAGGAAAUUCCUGUAAGAUGCAGAGUGACACUUGCAUCACAUAACUGUUGUUAGAAGGAGGUUGAGUCCUGAACUGACAGUGAAACUCAUAACAUGUAAUCCCGUAGUCCUUAUAGAAUGAAAGUCUUUACUUUGAAUGCUCUACACUUCCCUGGGAGAAACAGAAGGUGUUGGUUGCCAGUUGGUAAAGGGAAGCAGGAAUAGUGCAGGAGCUUCAUCUUUGAGUAACUUGUUGAAUGUUAAGUCACUGAAGAUGACUCUCUGCAUGUGCACCAAAAUUACACCAAAAGUAGUUGGUGCCCUUUUUAUGAGCCUGUUUAAAAUGUGGUUCUUUCAGCAGUCCUUAAAUCAGCCCAGUUUUCCUCAUAAUCCAUAACCGGGGCAAGGCCCUCACAGGGGAUGCAUAAUUCACUGCUGCCCAGUUACUUCUGUAUAGUUUCUGUGGUGUUUGUUUCUUCUGUUAAGAGGCACCAGCACAAUAAAGCAGGCACUGAGCUCGUUUCUGUGCUCAGUAAUGAACCAUACAUUGUUCAUGUAUACCUGUAUCAGGAUCUAAAUCUUGCAAUAAACAUAGAUGUUAAAACAUUGUGGCUUUUUGAGGUAUACAUUGAAAAAUGAAAAGGUAAUAUGUGUAGCCCUAAAGACACAAAUAGUUUUGGUGUGAGUUAUAUUAAAGAAUAAAGUAUGGAUUCUUCACUGAAAUCUACUUGGAUUUUUGCUGCACUAAAACUUAUGUUGAGGAUGAAGUAGUGAAAUAACUGAUAGAAACAAAGCAGGAGUGGCAGAGACAGUUCUGUGGAGGCACUGUGCAGCAGCCUCAAAGCAGUGGCUCUGCAUAGCCUGUUCAUGAAACGUUUCUUCAGGUGUCAGUCCUGCAGAUGCAAGGGUACAAAAGAAUUCUUUCCCAGGUAGCAGGGACUGUUCAUUACUUUAACAGGAGCCAUGCUUUUGUUAAAACUUGCACAAUUUAACUGGAUAUCAUCAUAAUUAUUCUGGCAGACUGUUGAAAAUCCUUGUCCUGAUUAUCACUGUACAAAAUUGUAUCGACUAAUUAGCUCAUUAGAUGUUCUGUCAUCUUGAAUUCUGAAGGUAGAACAUUCUUUCCUUGGGUGUAUUAAACUUUUACUACAACAACACAUAGGGAAAAUCAGGACUUUUUUUGAAAGACAGGCAAGUUGCUACUACUUGUUGGUUUUUUUUUCCUCUUGUGAAGUAAAAAAGGGGAUCACAGGAAUAAACUUGCCUUUUGGCAGACUGAAUGUGGCAUUUAAAUCUUUUUGCGAGUGCUGUUGAACCAAUUUACAAAUGAAAAUGGCAGUGCUUAUUUCUCUGCUUAGCACUUGAAAGUCUUGCUGAAGUAUCUGACUUGUAGAAGUACUUAGUAAUGAACUGGACAAGUUUUAAGGUUUCAUGCCUAAAGCACAGUAAAUUUGCAGAAAAUAAUGAGCUUUCCAAAGAGGCAUAAGUAGAUCACCCUUAUGUAAAUGGCAUGCUAAGACAAGGCUAGUCACUGUCCUAGACUACUUUGAAGGUCUUGGUAUUCUAUGCUUUGAAGCAAAACCAUUUCCUUAACCCUGGUGCUGGGAUAUGUAUCCAUACCUUCAGAUCAAGCUGCAGCGUUGUGGCCAGUGCAACAUUCACACUGUGCAAGGAGACAGGUUGCUGAGGGCCAGUCUUACAAUAAGAGCCAAAGGGCUUUUGUACAGAACACAAAAAUAAAAAAGCACCAUCCUUAUUCUCGUUUCUCUGUGCCUGUAUCCCUCUGUCCCUCCCUAAAGUCCUGGAGAGUUGUGAAGGCAAGCUGGCUGUGAGCUUCACACACUGUGUUGAAGGUUUCAGUGAUGGGGACCAAACGGUGCUGGUUCCUUGUCCAGACUCUUCUGCUUUCACUCUGUAAACCUACUCACCAGAACUAGAGUCACUGUUCAUACUAUUAAAAUACAGAAUGAAAGCUGUGAAAAUACUUGUCUCUGUGUGAGUUAGCUAGUAAACAAUGUAAAAAUGGGAAGGAGGCUUUUGUUUCCUGUACUUGGUCAAAUCUGGCAACUAUGCUCUUGUUCAGACUCACAGGCUAGGAAAUGUUGUCUUGCCUUCUGGUGCUGGCAUGUUUCUAUACCCUUUAAUAUAUCUCUUUAAAUAUACUUUGUGCAUUGUUUACUGUGGAGAUAGUAUUGAUGGAGAAAAAUGCUUUGAGGUAAAACUGUUUGUAAUUCUCUAUUACUGUGUACAUUUUUUUAAAAUGCACCAUUUGCUUACCUCAAUUAAUUUAAUGGAAUGGACCAAUAAAUGUAUUAAAAGAUGACUCCUUUACUUAGAAUAAAGUUU